UUCCUACUUUCCGUUACAUUUGCACCUGCCGAUAUCCCCAUUCGUCCCCUUCCCCAAGCGAGCCGCCGCCGGCCUGCCCGCCCGCCUCCGCCCCUCCGCAAUAUAACCACCCCGACCACCGCGCCCGCUCACUCCAGUGGUGACUCCGCUCCUCCGUCCCAGUCCCCAACCAUCAACAAUGCCGCCGCGUCCGGCUCCUCGCCUCCUCCCCCUUCUCGUCCUCAUCCUCUUCCAUCUCCCCUCCUCCCUCUCCGCCCGCCACCACCACCGCAGUACCCCGUCCCCGUCGCCUGCCGCGGCACCGGCGUCCUCCGGCUCGGCGCCGCUCGCCGUCCUCCUGGCCUGCAACGCCACCCGCUUCCAGCCGGCAUGCGUCUCCACGCUCUCCGGCGCCGCGCCCGACGCCUCCGCCUCCGACCUCCUCGGCGCCACGCUCACCGCGCUCCGCGCCCGCAUCCCGCCCGCCGUCUCCACGGCCAAGUCCGUCCUCGCCGCCUCCUCCAACGUGAACCUCACCAACGCCGCCACCAACUGCCUCACCUUCCUGUCCCUCUCCUCCCGCCGCCUCGCACCGUCCCCUUCGCCGCCGCUGCUCUCCGCCUCCACCGCGCUGCUCCACCUCUACGACUGCUGGUCCGCGUACAAGUACGUCAACUUCUCCCGGGCCAUCUCCGACGCCAUGGCGUACCUCAACGACACCAUCGCUGUCAACAGCAACUACAUCUCCAUGCUCGCCGCGCGGCAGCGGUACGGCGACGAGACCUCCCUCUGGCGCCCGCCGCAGACGGAGCGCGACGGGUACUGGCCGCCCGCCGCGGCCGCGUCGAAGGAGGCGGAGCGCGAUGUCGACGCGCUCGGCGUGCCGCGAGGGCUGCCCGCGAACGCGACGGUGUGCGCCGCGGGGUGCGACUGCAGGACGGUGCGCGAGGCGGUGGCGGCCGCGCCGGACUACGGCGAGGGGCCGUUCGUGGUGCGCGUGAAGGAGGGGGUGUACAGGGAGACGGUGAGCGUGCCGUGGGAGAAGACGAACGUGGUGCUCGUGGGCGACGGCAUGGGGAGGACGGUGAUCACCGGCGACCUCAACGCCGACACGCCCGGCGUGUCCACCUUCAACACGGCCACCGUAGGCGUGCUGGCGGACGGGUUCAUGGCGCGCGACCUGACGAUCUCCAACACGGCGGGGCCCGACGCGCACCAGGCGGUGGCGUUCCGCUCCACGGGCGACCGCACGGUGCUGGACGGCGUGGAGCUGCUGGGCCACCAGGACACGCUGUACGCGCACGCCAUGCGCCACUUCUACACCCGCUGCCGCGUCGCCGGCACCGUCGACUUCGUCUUUGGCAACUCCGCGGCGGUGCUCCACGCCACCGCCCUCAUCGUCCUGCCCCGCCAGCUGCGCCCGGACAAGGGCGAGAACGACGCCGUCACGGCGCAGGGCCGCACCGACCCGGCCCAGCCCACGGGGAUCGUGCUCAGCGUCUGCUCCGUCAACGGCAGCGACGAGUACAUGGCGCUCUACCGCCGGAAGCCCGACGCGCACCGCGUCUACCUGGGCCGGCCGUGGAAGGAGUAUUCCCGAACAGUGUACCUCCGGUGCACGCUCGCGGAGAUCGUGCAGCCGCAGGGGUGGAUGCCCUGGAGCGGGGACUUCGCGCUCGACACGCUCUACUACGGCGAGUUCGGCAGCGCCGGGCCCGGCGCCGCCGCCGGUAGGAGGGUGGCGUGGAGCAGCCAGGUGCCCGAGGACCACGUCGACGCGUACAGCGUCGCCAACUUCAUCCAGGGCCACGAGUGGAUACCCAAAGCAUAGAACACUAGUUGCCUGUAGAGAAUGUAUGAUGAACAGUCGUGUCGAACAAUUGGCAUGCUGCCCGUGACCUUGAGCGAUUUUUUUAAACCUAUUUUAAGUUUUAUUUUAAAAAUAACUCACCCAAACAAAUAUUUUCAGAUCUAA